UCCUUCAUUAUUUUUUGAAGAUGACAAAGAACCAUCCUCUCACUCAAUCAGGGAGGAAUAGGGUCUCAAAAACAUAUCUCUACCACUUUACUCGAACCAAGAACAAAGAGGAGGAAGCAAGCAAGAAAAGAGAAGAAAGAAUAGGAAAGAAAGAGGAAAACUUGGAAAAAAUCAAGGGAAUUUUACCAAGGUAUUCUAGACUUCUCAAGGAAUCUAAGAUUGGCCGGAAAAGUCGCCAGAGCCGCCGGAGUUUUCGCCGGAAAAUUUCAAAAGUCACCAGAGUUCAAACGAAGAGGUUAAAAGCUUGCUAGCGUCAUUUCGAGGUUGAAGCUAGAGCUUACUUCCUACACCCAUUGCUCGGGAGAUCGAUGGAGAGAAGACGUGGUUCGUGCUUCCUCUGGUUCUAUUUCUAAAUAAAUAAAUAAUGCUCAUGGAACUAUUUUUGACUUAUAAAUUAAUGGAGCCUGUGAGCUCUUAUUUUACCCUCGUGUGGGUUCUUAUUAAACACUUAUAUUCCGCUAUGUGUUUAAUUGUAUGUUGAUGUUGUUAUGUAUGUUUACUAAUCAGUUUUGGCAUAUAUAUCUACCGGACGUCUUGUGCAAUUUGGUAAGGAUGAACCGCGGUUAUUCUUAUUGGGUUGUACGACUGUUGUCUACGUGGC